AUGAGGCUCACCUCCACCACCGCCGCCACCAUCCUGGCCUACGCCAGCUACGUCGAAGCUCAAAAUGGAAUCCAAUGCCACGCCCGAAACCCCGGCGUCAACGGCGCCAUCUCCGACUUCUGUUCCAAGAAAGACAUCGUCGUACCAUCUGACUACGCUACCCGAGGCAAGCAGAACAUGUACGCUCUCGUGAACAUCGACGGUGGACGCUGCAACCCUCCCGCCUGGGUCCCCCAAAACUACUGCAACAUCCAAAUGUGGACCAUCUGCGCGCACGGCGACGUCAACGGCGCUGGCUACAGGUCUUACGGCAAAGACGGAUGUCAGAGGUGGCAGAUUCAGUCGACGCAUCAUCCGAAAGUGCCGGAUCCGCCGAAGAAGCCGAAGAAGAAGAAGGACAAGAAGAAGAAUGGGUUUAUUGAUGCUGUGAAUAGGAAGAAGAACAAGAAGAAGAAGAAGAAGAAGAAGGGAAAGAAGGAGAAGAAGCCGAAGAGGGACUUGGAUGGGGUUGAGGGGAUGGGGGAGGAGGAGGAUGAUGAGGGGUUUGAGGAUGUGAUUGAGGUUGAGGUUGAGGAGUAG